AUGGACUUCAGCAAAAUCGCUAGACCUUUAAAUAACCUACUAUGCAAGGAUAUUAAAUUCGAUUUUACCCCCGAAUGCAUGAAAGCUUCUGAAGAUUUAAAGAAAUCCCUUAUCACUGCCCUUGUCGUACAAGCCCCCGACUGGAAUCUUCCUUUCGAAAUCAUGUGCGAUGCGAGUGAUUUCGCAAUUGGAGCAGUUUUAGGCCAAAGGAAAGAUAAAAAGCUACAUGCCAUUUAUUACGCCAGCCGCACGCUUGAUGAAGCACAGCGGAAUUAUGUAACAACAGAAAAGGAACUAUUAGCUGUAGUUUACGCUUUUGAAAAAUUCCGUCAAUACUUGAUUGGCUCACGAGUGAUAGUUCACACUGAUCACGCUGCCAUCAAAUAUUUAAUGCAAAAGAAAGAUGCUAAACCUCGACUCAUACGCUGGAUUCUACUUCUCCAAGAUUUUGACAUUGAGAUUAAGAAUAAGAGAGGAGUAGAUAAUGGAGUCGCUGACCAUCUUUCUAGGAUAAGGAUAGAGGAUGAUGUCCCUAUAGACGAUUUUUUCCCCACAGAGAAUGUUUCACACAAAGAUACAUCCUUCGUCGGUCAAAUAUCUCUCACAUCUGAAGAUCUAUCGAUCGAUGAGGGAGAUGGCAUAUCGGUCGAUUCACGUAGUGAUACAUCGAUCGAUGACGAGACUGAUGUAAUUUCUCAUCUCUCCGAUAACCAAAAUCAUGAACCCCCGUUUAUUAAGAUCAACUUCGGUUUACAAGUAAAUGUUUCCAGUGAUGAGAUUAAUCUCACACCUGAGGAAUUAUCACAACGGGAGGUAAAUGCGAUUGGUAGAAACUCGGAUAACCGACCCUGGUAUGCCGACAUAGUUAACUAUUUGGCAGCUGAGGUCGAGCCAGACGAACUCAAGGGAUAUAUGAGGAAGAAAUUUUUCAGAGAAGUAAGACGCUAUCAUUGGGAUGAACCUUACCUCUAUAAGCAUUGUUUUGAUGGCAUAUACAGACGAUGCGUAUCCGAAGCUGAAAUUCCAGACAUUAUUUACCAAUGUCACGGAGCUGAGUAUGCAGGACAUUUCGCUACCUUUAAAACGGUUUCGAAAAUUCUCCAAGCAGGAUUUUGGUGGCCAACCAUUUUUCGCGAUGUCCAUGCAUUUAUAACCCAAUGUGACAGAUGCCAAAGACGUGGAAAAAUCAGCAAAAGACACGAAAUGAAACAGAAAUUCAUUCUUGAAGUUGAAGUCUUUGAUUGCUGGGGUAUCGAUUUUAUGGGACCUUUCCCAUCUUCAUAUAGAAACAAAUAUAUACUAGUCGCUGUAGACUACGUAUCCAAAUGGGUCGAAGCAAUAGCUUCUCCUACCAAUGACGCAUCUGUGGUUAUUAAACUCUUCAAGAGCAUAAUCUGUCCAAGAUUUGGAGUUCCAAGAGUAGUCAUUAGUGACGGUGGAACUCAUUUCAUUGAUAUAAUCUUUGAUAGAUUGCUUAAAAAGAAUGGUGUUCAUCAUAGAGUAGCUACACCUUACCACCCACAAACUAGUGGACAAGUAGAAGUCUCUAACCGGCAAAUUAAGGAAAUCUUAGAGAAAACCGUAGGAACCUCCAGAAAAGAUUGGUCUAGGAAACUAGAUAAUGCACAUUGGGCCUACAAGACCGCCUACAAAAUGCCGUUAGGAACAACACCAUUCCACCUUCUUUAUGGCAAAUCAUGUCAUCUACCAGUCGAACUGGAACAUAAAGCAGCUUGGACUACCAAACUUUUGAACUUUGAUAUCAAACCAGCUGCAGAGAGGAGACUCAUCCAGCUUAACGAGCUUGAUGAAAUCAGACAUUUAGCUUUCGAAAAUUCAAAAAUCUAUAAAGAAAGGACUAAAGCUUAUCGCGAUAGAAAGAUCAUAUCCCGGCACUUUGAGCCAGAUGAUCAAGUCCUCCUUUAUAACUCUCGAUUGACUUUAUUUCCUGGAAAGCUAAAAUCCCGUUGGUCUGGACCCUUCACCGUAACGAACGUUCAACCCUCCGGAGCUAUCACCUUACAAAAUGAGAAAGGCCAGGAAUUUACGGUGAAUGGCCAACAGGUUAAGCAUUAUUGGGCAAAACCACCAGCGAAAGUGCCCAUGGUGUUGUAUGAACCUGAUAAUUAG